UUUAAAUCUUUAUUAUCUUAAUGUAUCGAAAAAUUAUUAGUAAAAAAAAAACACUACGCUUUAUCAUAUUAAUACUGGAAAUAAAAAUAAGAAAGAUUAGUUUAUUAUUAAAAAAAGAUAUUAAGGAAAUAUUUUUCUUCGAUUGAAAUAUAACGUCUAUAAUGCCGAAAAGACGUAAGGAUGUUUUCACAAUUACGUAUUUUGAAGUGUUAGUUUACUUGAAAUUGGCAAUGUAAACUACGUUAUCGUUAGGUCAUGACUUCAAUUUUUUUGGUUGUAUACAGAUGUAUAUACGUAGAUAUAUAGACAUGUUCCAUUACGACCAGAAAUUCAGUAAUGAAAAUGAUGUGGAUUGCAUUACUGCUCAUCAGAUUGCCUGCGAUUUCUGCCAUGCAGGAUCACACUUUGGAAGAAAAUGUAAAAAUAGAUACAAGUGGAGAUCGUAUCGAAAACAAUUUAUCGAGUUUUCGUAAUAGCAAUUUGACAGCUUUCAUUUAUACACUCUCGAAUUCCUCGAGUUUUAUUGACUAUCAAAAAGAUUCCCAAUCAGAUCAAGUGGAUUGUUUUGGUUUAGGAAAAAGAGUAGCUGCGAUCUUAGAAUGGUUUUUUCUGAGUAAUUCGAGUGGAAAUGCUUUGGAUGUUCAAUUUUUACUUUCUUCGAGAAAACAACCACGACGCGUUCAGGUACUUAUCGGUAAACAAUUUGGCUUGGAGUGGACAGAUUUUCAAAUCGAACGAAGGACGGUCGUGAUAGUUCACGGAUUCUUAUCGCAUGGUCAACAAUCGUGGAUCAAUGAAAUGGAAAAAGCAUUUCUUCGAUGGAACGACGUUAAUGUUGUAAUUGUAGAUUGGAGUGCCGGCGGCAAUACUUGGAAUUACUACAAAGCGGCGGUUAACACAAAAGUAAUAGGAUAUCAAAUUGCAAGAUUUCUAGAGCAUGUAGAGAACGCGACAACAAGCACACAAGGUAAUUCCGACAACAAUAAUUGGGGACCAUUGCAUUUAGUAGGCCAUAGCCUUGGAGCACAUAUUUGCGGGUUUGCUGCGAAAGAACUGAAAAAAAGGCGAAGCAAAUGGGAAGUCCAGAGAAUAACAGGAUUGGAUCCUGCACAACCUUGUUUCAAGAAUGUACAUCCUACGAUGAAACUUCACAAAUCCGAUGCACCAUUCGUCGAUAUUAUCCAUACUAAUGGGAAAUUACUUUCGGAGAUCGGAUUAGGUUUACCAGAACCGAUAGGUUUGAUAUUUGUACAUACAUUGUGUAUACACCGUGUUUUACGCUAUUGCGAGAAUGAACGAACGGGCGAACAAUUUGUAUCAGGUCAUGUUGAUUUCUAUCCUAACGGUGGCAGAAGCCAGCCUGGCUGCGUAAAAAUCGAUUCUUCGUAUUUUGAGUAUUUGCCAAUUCCCCUUCGAGCAAUUAACAAAUCUAUAUGCAGCCAUGGACGCUCGUACGUUUACUUAACGGAGUCUUUGAUAUCCGAGGUUAAGCACAAUUGCACCUUUUGGGCACAUCAUUGGGAUUUAUCGUAUCGAAACCUGAUACAACUAGCAACAGAAUCGUGCGAUAAUACUACUUGUGCCGAAAUGGGCAUAAACGCGAUAAAUUAUCCUCAACGAGGAACAUUCUUUGUCGCAACUUCCAACAUUCCACCUUUUUGCGUUAACGGUACUCGUAUAAUCAAUGAAGUAAUAAUGCAAUUGGAGAGGGAUUACGCAGACGAACUUCGUGAUUAAGAUGUAUAAGUGAAUUAAGAAAAAUGUAUUAUUAGAUGAUAAAUAAACGAACUUUAAUUAAAA